AUGUCGGCUUGUCGCUGGACGGAUGUUGGCACGGUCGUGUGGCUAUCAUCUGCACUGGAGCUCUACAAGAGUCUUGGCUGGGAGGCAUUCUUGCAUCCAAAGAUGCACACCGGUGUGCCGUUGAGGCCAGAUAUCGAGACUGAUGAGAAAAGCAAUUUCCUGCAGGAUGCUGUGCGAAGGUCUUCUUCCAUGAUGGAGGCUGCCAUGGAUGCGAUGCAUGGAUCAGACCCUCAAGAGGGUCAACGGCUCCUUAGUGAGGUGCUGGCGAUGGGCUCUGAGCCUUCACUGCAAAGGCGCUUGGAUUUGGCGCUUGGAUUUGAAUUUCCCGAGUCAACCCGGGAUGGAGAUUUCGUUUCUCCCCAUGACCCUGGCCUUUUUGGCUCAGCCGUGCUGUCCGCCGUGCUGUCCCGUGGCACACCGUUGACGCAGCGCCGCGCCGCGCCUAACCGCGACGUCGCCAUGUUGAGCUCCAAGCAGAUCGGAGGCAGCGACCUGACCGAGGCAGUGAAGCCAGGCUCUGCUGUUCGCUGGGUGUUGGCCAAUGAUGGAACUGUCGCCUGGCCCACUGGAACCACCCUACGUUUGGUGUCUGGCCCAAUGGUUGCCGCACCCAUCCUGGAGGUUCCGAGUGCCUCACCUGGCCUCACCGUGGAGAUGGAGCUGGAACUGGUCUCUGACAAGGAUGAUGUGGAAGUGGCCUACGCCUUGGUGACACCCGGCGGCCAGCCCUUUGGGGAUCUCCUGCAAUUCCGGGUGGAAAAAACGGAGGUGGAGAGUCCCAUUUGCGUCAUCCUGAAGGCUCCUGAGACCUGUGUCGAGGGGCUGCAGGGUGAAGUGAAGAUGAUGCGUUGGACACUGGCCAACAUCAGCAAGGUCAGUUGGCCGAAGGACGCCUGCUGCCAGCUGUUCUACAACACUCCGGGCUUUGCCAAUUUGCCAUGCAGCAUCGAAAUGCCUGAGGAAGUACCUGCAGGCAUGACUGUCGAGGUGGAGGUGCCAGUGCUGCUGCCAGAGAAGGAAGGCCAAUUCAAAGCCAUGUGGGCCGUCACAUCGCCCUCCCUGAGCGACUUUGGCGAGG